CAGGGCUGCAAAACCAGCCACCGCAAAUAGAUUCAGUUCUUAAUUGUUUCAACCUCUUCUUACUUACAUGACAAGAAAAAUAAUGGGUACUCUCACCUCAAACAUAAACCUUAGCCCACAAUACAAUGUUCCCAAAGACUAUCCACCCCAUGGUUCUGUAGUUGAGGAAAUACAAGGGCUUAUUAGAGUACACAAACAUGGAUACGUGGAACGACCACAAGUUGUUCCAUGUGUCACUGCUAGUAGUAAAAUGAGUCCAGAACUAAAUGUGACAUCAAGAGACAUGGCCAUUGACAGUGCCACAAACACAUGGGCACGUUUUUAUGUUCCAAUUUCCCAACACAAAAAAAUGCCUUUUCUCGUUUAUUUUCACGGAGGAGGAUUUUGUGUUGGAUCAGCAGCGUGGAGUUGCUACCAUGAUUUCCUCGCAAGGCUAUCAGCCAAAGUGGAGUGUGUGAUUAUGUCAGUGAACUAUCGAUUGGCCCCAGAGAACCCUCUUCCAGCACCCUAUGAUGAUGGCUUAAAGGCCAUCAUGUGGGUGAAACAACAAAUGCUACAUCAACAACACAACAAGGGUGGUAGUGAAUGGUGGACUUCAAAAUGCAACUUCUCAAGUGUUUUCUUAGGUGGGGACAGUGCUGGUGCUAACAUAGCCUACAACGUUGCCACGAGGCUAUGUGCAUGUGAUGGCGCUGCUUUAAGACCCUUGAAUUUGAAGGGUCUUAUUUUGAUACAACCCUUUUUUGGAGGGGAAGUGAGAACAGGUUCUGAGAAAUGCAUGGCUCAAUCACCCGGUUCUGCUUUGAACUUGGCAGCUUCUGAUACUUAUUGGCGCUUGGCGUUACCGUGUGGUGCGAACCGUGACCAUCCAUGGUGCAACCCUUUGGUGAAGGUGAAGUUGGAGGAGUUGAAGCUCAUGCGUACCUUGGUGUGCAUCUCGGAGAUGGACAUAUUGAAGGAUAGGAAUUUGGAGUUCUGCGAUGCUUUGGUGAGAGCAGGGAAAAGGGUUGAGUAUGGGGUGUUCAGAGGUGUUGGACAUGCGUUUCAGAUUUUGAGCAAGUCUCAGGUAUCUAAGAGCAGAGCCAAGGAAAUGAUGGCUCGUGUUAAGUCCUUCAUGGCUCUCUGAUUCUCUGCUUUAAUGUUCUUUGCUAGCUUCAUGAAUCUGUCUGAGUAUAUAAAAUUAAAAUGAACUCUUGCUGAAAAUCAAACUGGUUAUUUAAAUAGCUAAAUCUUCAAGGAAAUGAGAAGAAUAAGGUGUUAAUAUAAUAGGAAAGAGUACAUUAUAAAAUGUACAAUGUUGUUACAUUAAUUUCUAAAAUAAAUUUUUAAAUAAAUACUAUUUAAAAGUGAAAUUUAUGAAUUA